AUGUUUUAUUUCCACUGUCCGCCACAGCUAGAGGGCACUGCACCCUUUGGCAACCACUCUCCAGGAGAUUUCGAUGAUGGGUUUCUGCGCAGAAAACAGCGCCGGAACCGGACGACAUUUACUCUUCAGCAGCUGGAAGCUCUUGAGGCAGUGUUUGCCCAAACGCACUACCCUGAUGUCUUCACCAGGGAAGAGCUGGCCAUGAAAAUCAACCUCACAGAAGCCAGAGUGCAGGUUUGGUUCCAGAACCGAAGGGCCAAGUGGAGGAAAACAGAGAGAGGGGCUUCCGACCAAGAACCAGGAGCCAAGGAGCCCAUGGCAGAGGUGACACCCCCGCCUGUGAGAAACAUCAACUCCCCGCCCCCCGGGGACCAGGCCCGGAGCAAAAAAGAGGUCCUGGAAGCCCAACAGAGCCUGGGGAGAACAGUGGGUCCCACGGGACCCUUCUUCCCCUCUUGCUUGCCGGGGACCCUCCUGAAUACGGCCACGUAUGCCCAGGCUCUGUCACACGUUGCCUCCCUGAAAGGGGGCCCACUGUGCUCUUGCUGUGUCCCAGACCCCAUGGGGCUGUCGUUCCUCCCCACCUACGGUUGUCAGAGUAACCGCACGGCCAGCGUGGCCGCCCUGCGCAUGAAGGCUCGUGAGCACUCGGAGGCCGUCCUGCAGUCUGCCAACCUCCUGCCCUCCGCCAGCAGCAGCCCCAGCCCAGCGGCCAAGCCGGCGCCCCCCGAUGGCAGCCAGGACAAGAACCCUCCUGCCAAGGAACAGAGCGAGGGGGAGAAGAGCGUAUGA